AUGGAGGGAGAUUUGACAGAGCUCCUACAGAAAUUUUCCCUUGAAGGGAAUGAGCUGCUAGGACCGACGUUGGAGCUGGAGGACUUUCAUACGGGGGUGAGAGCUUGUGAGAACAGCUUUAUCGGUCGAGUUAUAGGAGAAAAAGUUAUUAAUUUCACUGGAAUUAAAAACUUUGUGGCUGUGGCCUGGGGGUACCCCAGAAAUCUGUCCGUGGUGGAACUGGGACCUAAUGUGUUCCAGUUCAACGUGCAAAACCCUGAUGAUCAGCACAGAAUAGUAGAGGGGGGACCGUGGGUUAUAGACAAUCAGAUGUUAGUCCUGAAAAGAUGGGUAGAAGGUAUAGAGGAGGAUUACAAAGCCUUUAUGACUGCACCUCUGUGGGUGCAACUCUGGAACUUACCAGUUCACUGGCUUUCUAAGGAGAUUGGAAAAAAGAUAGGAGGAGUUUUUAUUGAUGUUAAGGAGGUUUUAGUCCCACAAUCUGGAGGGAAGGAGGGUAGACAUUUGAAAGUGUUAGCUUUGGUCGAUCUUUCUAAACCUCUUCUCAGAGGUACUGUGGUCAGGAUUGCGGGAGCUGGAAAAUGGAUAGCUUUCAAAUACGAAAGAUGUCCGGAUUUCUGCUAUAACUACGGGAUUGUAGGACACAGUGAGAGGUCCUGCAAAGAAAAGCGAAGUUUAGGCGGUAACAAUGCUGAGAACCAGUACGGUCCUUGGCUGAGAGCAGGGAACACUAGGAUUUCACCCCAGGGAAAAUUAGGGAGGUCGACCGAGGGGAGUGAUAAACGCUACUGGACAUUUAGGAAUGGGGAGAUGGUCGAACAGGAAAAAAUUAGGCCACAAAAUCUGAAGAAACUUGUAGCUGGUUUGGAGUUCUCUGGUAAACAAAGGGGUAGCAACCAGGAGCGGGAGACAGUAGGGUCUGAUUUUAGAACAGAGCUGGAUGUAGAAACCUCAACUAGAGAGGAGGAAGAUAAGGCAGAAUCACAUGAUAGGGUGGAGAGACAGACGAACGUUGAGAAAGAGGGCCUUGUUCUCACCACCUCUUUUCAAAUGGGGGAAGGAAUCCAGACUUGUAUUGCAGCGGUAGAGAUGGAGGAGGAUGUAGAGGUGGCAGUGCACAACCAAAAUCUGGAAACCGAGCUCAGGGAGAAAGAGGCAGGGGUCUUAGUUCUUCAUCAGGACUCCCUGGGAGAUGAAAAGAUGGGAGGGGUGACAGAAAGGCAAUACAGGAGAUCCUUUAGGAAGUUAAAGCAUCCAGUCAAAACUAGAAAACCAUUACAAGUGUUAAUUGAUAAUGACUUUUCUCAGGCUAGAACUGGAAAGAGGAAGAUGGUGCUUAAAGAUGAAUUGAUGGAGGAAGCACAACAGGAUGCAACUCAAGGGAAAAAAUCUAAACCUAUGGUUGAGCUAUAUUCUGAAGAGACUAGGGGAAAGGGAGAGGGGUCCUUCCUUAAUGGGACCUCCAGUUGCAAAUGA